AUGAAUUCAUCUCAAUUCAAUUCCAUAAAUAUUCAGUCGAGAAUGAAGCAUUUAAUGAUGCCCAAAAUGAAGAGAAACGGCCGGAAUGAAGAGCUCAAUGUUUCGGAUGAAAUUUCAUCGUUGUUACAUUGUUUGCUUUCCUGGCUUAGAGUUAACAACGAUAGACUCUCAGAAAGAGAUAAUUAA